ACGUGACUUCCCGCUACUCCUCCCUCUUUCUCGUCCUGCUUUGCUGGUGGUGGAGGUGCAACUGCUUAUCGGUCGUCCCUAAUCUGGGUUCAUCCGACACCGAAACCGGCCCGAGUGAAGCGGACUGUCCCUAGUUUACUGCCGCCAUGCCUCCUAAACUCGACCCCAACGAGAUUAAAGUCGUGUGCCUGAGAUGUACCGGUGGGGAGGUUGGUGCCACCUCUGCUCUGGCCCCUAAAAUUGGACCUUUGGGUUUGUCUCCCAAAAAAGUUGGUGAUGACAUAGCCAAGGCUACUGGUGACUGGAAGGGGCUGAGGAUCACAGUCAAACUGACCAUCCAGAACAGACAGGCUCAGAUUGAGGUUGUGCCAUCUGCCUCUGCGCUGAUCAUUAAAGCCCUGAAGGAGCCUCCCCGGGACAGGAAGAAGCAGAAGAACAUUAAACACAAUGGCAACAUCUCCAUGGAUGAAGUGAUCAGCAUCGCUCGCCAGAUGAGGCACCGAUCCCUGGCCAGAGAGCUUUCUGGAACCAUUAAGGAGAUCCUGGGUACGGCACAGUCUGUAGGAUGCAAUGUUGAUGGCAGACACCCUCACGAUAUCAUCGACGAUAUCAACAGCGGAGAACUGGAGUGCCCGGCAAGCUAAAUCUGCUGUGAAGACAAUGGGAUUCCUCAAUAAAGAAAAUUGCAUUUCA